AUGAAAAUUUUGACAUGUUUGACAGCUCUCAGUCUUAUAUCGGUUGUGAGCGCCGGUAUAUAUACAUUUCCUGCAGCCGCCCCGGAUGUGGCCUACAGCGUUACCCUACAUUCGGGGGUCCCAUUCUUCCAAAUCGUCGCCUCGACUUCUUAUCAAUGGGUUGCUCUCGGUGAAGGAUCACAGAUGGCCGGUGCCAACAUAUUCGUCAUCUACGCAUCUGGCAGUGAUAACAUCACUGUGUCGCCCCGACUGGGUGUUGGCGAGAUCGAACCGCUGUUCAACCCGAGCGCUCAAGUCUCUCUGCUUGAAGGGAGCGGCAUUCAAGAUGGCUAUAUGACAGCAAAUAUCCGAUGUGAUAGCUGCCUUCAUUGGCCGGGUGGAUCUCUCGACACUGCCAGCUCAUCAAGCAACUGGAUCUGGGCUGUUAAAAAGGGCAGCCCGCUAGAUACUACGGAUAAAUCUGCAUCGAUAGUCCAGCACGACACUGAAGGCAACCAUGUCAUUGAUUUGACCAAAGCAGCCCUCUCGUCUGCAAACAUGGCCAACAGCAACCCCUUCAAUGGAUUUAAUGGGACGUUCGCCGCCGCCGCCGCUGCCUCUUCGGGCGGUGGGUCUUCUUCGGGGACUAUGAUUCUGGUCACUCACGGCUUUCUUAUGGCAUUCGCCUUUGUAGUGCUGUUUCCAAGUUUCGCCGUCGGCAUACGCAUCAUCCCUUACUCGAAGACCGUGCCCCAUAUUCAUGCACCUCUACAAAUUUUCACACUCUGCGUUGCGCUGGCUGGCCUAGGCAUCGGAGUAUACCUGGGUGUUACUGGUGAUAUGAUGAACAGUUAUCACCCCAUUAUUGGCCUUAUCACAGUCGGAAGUAUAUUGCUCAUUCAGCCUCUCAUGGGCUUGAGUCAGCAUUUGCACUUCCGCAAGACAGGGCAGAAAGCUUGGUUUGCUUAUGUCCAUCGAUGGUUUGGUCGCUUUACGAUCCUCUUGGGUAUAAUCAAUGGAGGGCUGGGGUUUAUGCUCGCUGGAAUUGGAACUCCAGGUGUUCCUCAGGGUGCAGUGAUUGCCUACUCGGUUCUAGCGGGAGGAGUUGUUUUCGUAUACAUUGCUGUCGUGUGUUCCCAAGCUUUCUUGUCGAAGCGUUAG